AUGAAGACCUUCACCUUGAUAACAGCUUUACUUCUCUGCAGCUUCAACUGGAUCUCUGUCUCAAUGUCUCAGUCUCAGACUGGAGACGUCACACUGCACUGCUCCAAUCUUUCCAGUUAUAACUCUCUGACAUUCUGGCUCAGACUGGUCAACAAAACCAAUGUCAGCUGUAUCUCUGUUCUGAUCAGGUCUGGAUCAAAGAUUGAAUACUGCGAUGGAUAUCAAAGUAGAAAAUUUGAAAUGAGCUCCAACAUCUCCACUGUCUUUCUCAAAAUCAAACAAGUGGAUUUAUCAGACUCUGGACUGUAUUUCUGUGGAUUUUACACAAGUGGACGUCCCAUUUUCAGUGUUACGUUUAUUUCCUUAAAAGGCAGUGAUCGAUCUGAUGAUGACGUGGACAGCAAGUCUCAGAGUAAGAUUUCUCUCAUUGUGCAGAUUGUUAGCCUGGUUUCAAGCCACCAAAUGGAAAAGCUGACGAGUCUGAUCCUGGGCGGUCUGACUGUUUUCCUUGUAAUGGUCAUCAUUGGUCUGGUUGUUAAAAUCAGGAAACUUCAGAAAGGUGAGGAUGAAGAAAAAGACCCACAACGGAGAGAGGUGAACCCAGUUUAA